AUGCCGCCCCCACAUAACUAUGAAUGUAUAGAGAUUUUCCUACAGAUGGUACUAUCGGAUCUAGAGAAACUCGAGAACAUACGACCUAGGAAAUACAAUCUAUCACGGGUGGAAAUGUCUGCACUGCAGUCGCUUGAACGGGACAAAUCCAUCAUCAUAAAGCCCUCCGAUAAAGGGGGAAACCUGGUGAUCCUGGACCAGCCCCUAUACGUGCAGAUGUGCAUGGAUCUGCUCAAGGAUAGAGGGGGAUAUGGAACUUUAACAUCGAAUCCCACCAUCCAGUUUAAGGCAGAAUUAAAGAGUAUACUGGACGAAGGAUGUACAGGAAGUCUUGCAAAACAACUUGUAUCUACAUAUAAGGAGUCAACAGUCACUAUUAUGGACAUGCCAAACGUUUUGCAAGCAGCCAAGAAGCAUUUUGCAACAGACAGCAACAACAUAAAUUUCCUGGAAGACUUCUUUAAUGAUGCUAUUCCUGAGGCAGACCUGUUUAUUUUGGCCAGGAUUCUUCAUGACUGGACAGAAGAUAAAUGCCUUAAACUACUGAAGAAGAUUUACCAGUCUUGUAAACCUGGAGGAGGAGUGCUGCUAGUGGAAGUCGUUCUAAAUGAAGACAGAAGUGGCCCACUGAUUGGCCAGCUGUUCUCACUAAACAUGUUGCUCCAGACAGAAGGAAAAGAACAGACAUCAUCUGAAUAUACCAAGCUCCUUACAGAAUCUGGCUUCAGGGACAUUAAAGUCAAAGUAACUGGAAAACUAUAUGAUGCAAUACUGGGAAGAAAGUAG